AUGCAACAUGUCAAAGAGUUUUCUAAGCUUAUGCAGGGUGAGUUUGAGAUGAGCCUCAUUAGGGAGUUGAAUUACUUUCUAGGUAUUCAAAUCAAUCAACUCAAUGAAGGCACAUUCAUUUGUCAAACCAAAUAUUAUAAUGACUUGCCAAAGAGAUUUGGCAUGGAAGGUGCGAAAUCGAUUGACACUGCAAUGCCUACAAAUGGCAACUUGGAAAGGAAUGAAAAUGGCAAGGACGUUGAUGUGAAAAAGUAUAGAGGUAUGAUUGGUUAUCUUCUAUAUCUCACUGCAUAUAGGCCGGAUAUUAUGUUUAGCUUUUGCAUGUGUGUCCGUUAUCAAUCGACUCCUAAGGAAUCACAUUUAAAAGUUGUUAAACACAUUCUUAGGUAUCUUUAUGGCACUUCUAAGUAUGGGCUUUGUUAUUCCAAGGGAAGUGAUUGUAAUUUUGUCGGUUAUACCGAUUCCGAUUUUUCCAGUUGCAAAUCGGAUAGGAAGAGUACUACUAGAACUUGCCACAUUUUUUCAAAUUCCUUAGUUAGUUGGCAUAGCAAGAAACAUGUUUUCGUUGCUUUGUCAAUUGCCAAGGCGGAAUAUGUAGCAUCCAGUAGUUGUUGUGCUUAA